UGUGCAACCCCCCUCCCCCGCUUCUCUCCUCUGUUCGCAUCUCUUCUCCUCUCUCCUCCCUUCUCUUCUCAACUACUUCUGUGUCUCCUCUUGGUUCAGAGACAGUAGCCGACAAGAUGCAGCAGGAGCUGGUGACACCCACCAAUGGCGACCGCCUCAGGUCUGCCCCUUUCCUAUCUCCAGAUCGACGGCUCUCCUGUGGAGAUUUCUUCUGGCCCUAUACGUCGGUUAUCUCAACAACGGAAAGACAACGACUCGCAUGACCCAGCCCCCUGCCUCCGGGUCCCUGUCGCUCGCCCCAUCCACCGUCUCCUUCGACGAGGAUGUCCCCACCGCCCCUGAGAACCGCCUCUACCUCGCCCGCCUUACCCUCCAGUACCGCGAGAUCGCCGAGCUAUACGAUCUGUGUCUCUCCCACCUCCAGGACGCGGCCCAGGAGGCGGAGACCCUCCGGCAGGAAAAUGUCAAGCUCCGGAUCGCCAACAGCGACCUCGCAAAGCGCCUGAACCUCCUGUCCGGGAAUCAGAGCGGGCGGAUCGCGUCCCCCGCCGCCGCCGGCCAUCCCGCGCUGUCGAUCGUGGACGAGUUCCGCCGCCUCGGCCUCGGGGAACCGCCGGCGGAGACCAGCCCGACGAGUGUGCUGGCGUUCCAGGAGAACCGGUUCGCGAGGCGGGCCGCGGAGAAGCGGGUUCUGCGCCUGCCCAAGAGCGUAUCCGUCCGGUCCAACGGGUCCCUCAAGCUGAACCAGGGCGUCUUGACCGCCAAUGGCAACGGCCGGCUUCGCGUCUCGAGCCCUGUCAUGGUCGGUUCGGAGCAGCAAAAGGUGUACGUCGGGGGGGAGAGCAAGAAGAAGGGGGAAAGAGGAGGCCGAGAGGAGGAUGAAGAGGGUGGAGAAGCACUGGAAAUGGAGGUGUACAACCAGGGAAUGUUCAAGACGGAGCUGUGCAACAAGUGGGAGGAGAGCGGGGAGUGCCCCUAUGGCGAGCACUGCCAGUUCGCCCACGGCAUCACCGAGCUCCGCCCUGUCAUCCGCCACCCCCGCUACAAGACCGAGGUCUGCCGCAUGAUCCUCGCCGGCGACACCUGCCCCUACGGACACCGCUGCCACUUUCGCCACACCUUCUCCCCCUCCGACGGCUUCCUCCUCCGCCCUUCACAAUAAUUCUUAUCUACAAGCAUCAUCAUGAUAAAAUAAUUAUAAAAAAAUCCCAGCAAACAGAUGCUCUAAAAUCCUCUCCCCCAUCCCAUUUGGCAUAAUUGAUAAAGAAGCGGAAAAAAUAACAACACUUAAAUCAAUGGUGCGGCAUGUGUGUGUGUGUGUAUAUGGAUAGAGGAGACCAUUAAUGUGGAGGUAUGUAUAUAAAGCAAAGGAUUUCCACACGGAACACCAUAUUUGGUGGCUUUGUUAGUAAUUUGCUCGGUAUAUAUCCCUUCUGAUGAUGAUGAUAUCUAUAUAUGUAAGUAUCAGUAAUUAAUGGUUAAGGAUGAUAAAUAUCAUUGAGGUGUUUUAAAAAAAAGUAGGUUAGGGCGGAUAGCUCGGCCAUCAGGGAUUUUAUUUUCUCACUUUUAUAUGUUUCAUUACUCUCAUAUCUGUUUCUUUUUCCUAGCUAUCAUAUGUUGAUUCUGGAGCGGGUGAAAAUUCUCCUGUUGAUCUGUAGGUGGCGGGGGACAAGGGGAGAGUGAGAUGGCAGGCUGUGUUUCUCACUUUUCUUUGUUUUGCAGUUUCUUGAUUUUCUAAUUACUCCAAACUUCUUCACCAACCUCUUGUAAUGCUUGAGAGGCAUGGUUUACCUGACAUAAAA